CCCGCAUCACGCCCGGCAAGCUACAAAUGCAAACGUCUCCCCCCCAAGGUCAACUCUCUCCUCCAUCCAACUUUUCAUCGCCAACUCAACAUACACGUCCAGCAUCCAUCAUUCCCAGCAUCUACUUCCACUCCCUCCACCACUUCCCAACCUUUUUAAAUCAACCCAACUUUCAAAAUGACUGGAGGCAAAUCCGGAGGAAAGGCCAGCGGCUCCAAGAACGCGCAAUCGUAAGUUCCUUCUCCAUCGCGAUCCAUUGAUCGAGUUGUUUGGAUCGAGUUGUUUGGAUCGAGUUGUUUGGACGCGCCUGCUUCCAGAAUCUGCACCACAUCUCGACCUCCAACUUCGAUUUCUGCAUCUCAAGUCACUUUCAAGCAUGGCCGCAUUUACUAACCCAUCUGCGCAGCCGAUCAUCCAAGGCCGGUCUCGCAUUCCCAGUUGGUCGUGUCCACCGUCUUCUCCGAAAGGGUAACUACGCUCAACGUGUUGGUGCUGGUAAGUCCAUCUCUGUCUGCCACCCAAUUCGCACAUACUAAUACGGUUUCCAGGUGCCCCUGUCUACCUCGCUGCCGUUCUUGAGUACCUAGCAGCUGAAAUCCUCGAGUUGGCUGGUAACGCCGCCCGUGACAACAAGAAGACCCGUAUCAUCCCACGUCAUCUUCAACUCGCCAUCAGAAACGAUGAGGAGUUGAACAAGCUCCUUGGACACGUCACAAUUGCCCAGGGUGGUGUCUUGCCAAACAUUCACCAGAGUACGUUUUCCAUCCUCGGCGGUUCAUCUCAAAAUACUAACAUUUUCUCCAGACUUGUUGCCAAAGAAGACUACGAAGGGUGGAAAGGCAGCUGGCAGCCAAGAGCUAUAGAUUAUUUGUUCUGUGCGCUGGAGGGUUUUCUGAGGGUCUGCUUUUCAUCAUGAUAAUGGGGUGUCGUAUGGGUUUGGGUUUACGGCUGCUUUUUCUGCGUUCUGGUUGUACAUUAAAAUCCAUGGCAAUGGAUUGGGAUUGCUAUUGAGAGACAAUCUUAUGAGAAACCGAUCAACAACUA